GCGUCCCGGGAUUUUGUGUCGUCUGUUCUCUUCUGCUUUCUUUGUGUGUCACACACAGAACGCUCCGUCGAAACGUCAAAUAGAUAGAAAUUUUCUAAAGAUUCAAAGAAAAUAAAAAAAUUUGCAGUGAAUUUGAUAAAUAUUUUCUAUUUAAAGAAAGUGGGGGUUUAUUUAAUGAAAGUGUGAGUGAAGUGUUUAUUGGAAUUUAAUGAAAAUACAAUAAUGCCGCUUCACAGAUAUACACACGCAGUUCUCUGUCGAAUUCCACUUUCUUUGGGUACAAAAGGCGAGGUCAAUGUCGAUGAAGCACGUCUUCAACAUUCAGCAUUAGCCGAAAUUCUUCGUGAAUUUGGAAUUGAUGUUGUUGAAAUGCCACCAGAUGAAAGUUCACCACUUUGCGCUUUUGUCGAAGACAUUGCCGUUGUUUGUAACGGUAUUGCACUGAUCGCUCGACCUAACGAACCAUCUCGCAUCAAAGAGAUAGACAGUAUUAAAGCGGUAUUAAAAAAAGAAUUAGAAAUUCCUCUCAUUGAAAUUGCUGAUAAAAAUGCAAGACUCGAUGGAGGUGAUGUACUUUUCACAGGACGUGAAUUUUUCGUUGGAUUGUCCGCACAAACAAAUGAAGCAGGAGCACGUGCUAUUGCUGCCGCUUUCCCAGAAUAUCCUUGCGUGCCUAUUAAGGUUGCUGAAACUAAACGUUUAAAAUCAUUAGUUUCAAUGGCUGGACCGGAUGUUAUUUGCGUUGGUUGCGGUAAAGAAGCUCAAGAAGUUUUAAAGAGAAUUGAAAGAGAAGCGACUUAUAAUUAUCAAACUCUCACAGUACCAGAGGAUUCUGCGGCAAAUGUUCUUUAUGUGAAUGGAACAUUAAUUCAUCGAUCAGAGGAAGAAAUUCCCGAAUCAAGUAAAGUAUUUGAGGAAAGAGUUGAAUUUCCAACAAGAUCACUUCACAUGUCUGAAUUAGCAAAAGUCAGUUCAGGUUUGUCUUCUUGUUGUUUAUUAGUCCGUAGACCUCGUCACAUUCGUAGUAUUUAAAAAGUUACACAGUAUUUAAAAACGAGAAGAAAAAAAAUUAAAUCUAUCUACUGAUUUGCUUGAAUGAAAAUGAAGAGAAAAGAAAAAUUAUUAUAAAGAAUUCAAGAAAAAAAAAAAAAAAAAAGUAGAAUCAUAAAAAUUUUGUUUUAUGCAUUUUUAACUAUAAAGUUACCGAUGAAUUUAAUGCAGAAACUGCCAAUUUAAUAAUAUUAUUAUUUUUUUGACAUAAUUAGCAAAUUCUUGUGAGAUGAAAGCACAAAAUGUGAGAGAACGAAACGACUGAAGUAUUAAAUAUCGAGAAGUUUAAUAUAUUUCAUAUUAA